GUGCGUGCUGAGCGUAGUGACGUGAGUAGGACGCUGUUGUCCACCGCCAAUUUCAAAUUGGGAAAAAAAGGGGGAGAAAGGGAGAGCAGCUGUUAGUAAGGAUAGAAGAACGACUCUCACAAGACUCCGUUUGAGAUCUCAAGCCAGUUCAGUCACAGAUCAUGGACGGGCUUGGAAAAGCUGUAGUUGGGGUCUGGCGAGCGCACACAGUCCUUGAUGAAUCAGACGGAGCAGAGAGUUCCCCAGAAGUCCCUGAUCGUUUCCGUAAGAUGCGCUCCUCUUCCUCCCUUGGCUCUCUGCGGAUGUCUUUGCGGAAGCGACUGCCGCUGCGCUCAGUUCAGGCAAACUCCCUACCGGAAACUUCAUCAUCAGAAUUUCAGCAGGAGCAGCCCAAACCUAACAUGGCCCGGAAACUCUCCCGCAGUGCCAGGAACUCCAUCAGCGGAAUGUGUCAGAGGUUUCAAAGGACCAGAGAGUUUUCCCGUGAGGAGUGUUUGGUGGCCACCCCUGGUCGGGAUGCAGAAAUUGCAGGUGUGGCAUCCUCUUGCACACCCCGGCGUACGCCUCGUCGAGCUGCCACACCCAGGCGCACCCCUAGAUCUGCCGCCAGGUUCAACCGCACCCCAGGCUCCAGAGAACUGAGGACCCCUGAAGCCUCAGUACGCGGGGUUAAAGCGGGCAGAGGCAGGAGGCAGCUGGUCCGAAUGGCUGCUCUGCGAAGUCCCUUUUCUUCCCCUAACACAGAGAACCAGAGAAUAAAAUUUGACGAGGAUUUGGAGUCAGUUUCCAGGGGAAUCAGAAGGCUCAAACAUCUGUCCAAGGCUUUCGAUGAGAUCAUUAAAAGGGAGGACAGGGAGUUCAGACAUCCCCUGAUUGUGGAGUAGGACCAAAGGCCUGCUUCAAGCGGCUGUCCUGGAGGGGCAGUGAUGAGAAAGUUGGACCCAAAUGGAAAACUCUGUCGGUCAAACCUCACACGUCGAGCAUCACACCUCUCCAACACACUGGGAGGGUGGGCCAACACAGCUGUGAACACUAUUCGGAAACCAAACUGAACUACAUGAAUGUGUGCUAAAUACGGGACCUUUCUGUGGCCAUGUUUUAAACCUAUUAUUGUGGCGUCACUGUUACAUGUACUGAGCUUUUUUUAUACAUAUAGCUGCUGCUUCGUUGUGUUCUCUGUAUGUAGAUUUAUGUUUACAUGUCUUGAAUUUGAUUGGUGGGGUUUGAACAUCCCCAUAGCAACCAAAAAUGUUUCUGAUGUGUGUGUCCACUGUUCCUGGUGAAACUAUGUAUUUUAUGUGCUAUUUUUCAAAUAGGUCAAAGACAUGAUGCACUAUAUUCAGAUUUUAGCUGCAAUACUAACACUAAGUGUACUGAGAGGUCAGGGGGUUUGUCCUUUAUAUGUUAAAUUCCUAACACUUUUACAUUUUUUUAAUAAAUUAAACUUUAUAUUGUACUUUUUUUAUAUAUAAUAGGGGUCCUUUUUUAUACAGCCUGGGUAGUAUUUAGAUGGGCACUUUCUAGUAGAGGUAGUUGCUUGCAAUGGUCUGUGAAUGAUUCAUGCACCAAUAGAGUACACAUAAAUCAUCAGAUAAUGUGAUGGGGAGGAAGAGUUAAAGGCUCAUUACCAGAUGACGGCAGUGAUGAUGAUGUUAUGAAGAAAAAUCCUGCAAGUUAUUAGUGUAGUGAGGGGCACAAAUGAAGCAAAACCUUUUUUUUUUUUUUUCCCCCUUUGCUGUGCUUCCUUUUUCUUCUUUUUUUUCU